GGCGUUUUACUGUGAAAGCUUUACCGGAAGUGGUAUUUCUUAUUGCUGGACCUUUGACGGCGGCCACACAGACAGGGGAUUCGCUGUCAAGAGGGUGGAUGCCUGAAGCUGGAAAUGACCCAGAGGCCUUACAGAAACAUUUCUGCUUUCAUUGCUCCAGUCUGAAUCUGUGGAGUACAGAGAGAAGCUGGAAGCGUGCUCGGUUCCCCAGUGAGUAAAAUCUACCUCAGCCAGAAGACGGGGGGAGACCAGGAAGCUACUGGAGACUUGACACAGGCAGAGAUAUCAGCUGGACAUUUGCUCACUGCCUGCAGAUUCCUGCUUUCAGAAGAGGAUUUGAGACGGACUGGGUCUGUCUCCCCUUCUCCUCCCACUGCUCCGAAACCAGCCAGUGCACAAGAAAAGUCGAUCGCUUCGGUUCAACCGUCAGCGCUCUCUUUUUCCUCUUCCUGUCUUUUAUUCUUCAUUUCCCACCAUGCUGUUGACCAGUGUCUAAUCUUGGUAUUUUUUUUCCAUUUGCAGUUUGAGCUUUUAGUGGGACUUUCUAUAUAUUUUUUUUAUUAGUGCAGACUAGUAUAUGUUUAUAAAUGUACCAUUAUUAGUGGAUAUGCUCAGUAUACUGUAUAAAGAAGCAUUUUUCCCUAUUCUGAAGGAAAGUUAGUCACAAUUUCAAAGUGUGAAAAAACACAGUGUGACGCUAGAAACAGAGGAUCUGAACGAGUUUGUGAUGAUUUUUUAAGUCGAGCUUUGACAGAUCUGCAGCAGGGCUGCAACUAGGCCUCCCCUCAGCCUGUUCUGUCCUUUCUUCUGAUCACCCCUCGACGUCACCUCUUCCUGUGCUGCUGGUGCUGCACUGUGCACAUUGAGAUGAGCUUCUGGCAGGUGGACUCUUUAGACCGUCUUUUUAUUUAACCUGAACAGCUUCAGAGUUGUUUGAGCAGAUCUUUCUGUAAGGAGGACAAGAGCACUUUGUGUCGGUAAAGCAAACUCAGAACAGGAGCUUCCGGUGCUGUUGCACCACUUAUGUAUUGUUGUAGUGUGCAGGAAAGUAAAAUGGACUACAAGCGUCGCUUUUUGCUCGGCGGGUCCAAGCAGAAAGUGCAGCAGCACCAGCAGUACCAAAUGCCUGAGCUGAGCCGGACCCUGAGCGCCUCCCUUGCCACCUCUUGUUCGGCCUCUUCGCCCAUAGGCACCGGCGUGGUCAUGCCUGGCAGCUGCCACUCGUCCCCUUCUGCUGCCACCACUGCGGUCGCGGACAUCCAGCAAGGCAUCUCCAAGUAUUUGGAUGCCCUUAACGUGUUCUGCCGGGCCAGCGCCUUUCUCACAGACCUGUUCAGCAGUGUGUUCAGGAACUCUCACUAUUCCAAAGCAGCUAUGCAACUGAAAGACGUGCAGGAACACGUCAUGGAGGCGGCCAGCAGGCUGACUGCAGCAAUAAAGCCUGAGAUUGCCAAGAUGCUAAUGGAGCUAAGCGCUGGUGCCGCAAAUUUCAAAGACCAGAAUGACUUCAGCCUGCAGGAUGUCGAGGUACUUGGACGGUGCUUCCUCACUGUGAUGCAGGUCCACUUCCAGUUUCUCUCACAGGCUCUGCAGAAGGUCCAGCCCGUGGCUCAGUCUUGCCUGGCGGAGGCUCUGGCCCAGGCGCAGGAGCGUUGCACCAACGCCCGCUCCCAGAGCUCCGACCUCAGGCCCCUGACGGAGCUGGAGGAAGCCUCUCGCUCAUGGAAAGGUGCAGCUGAGGCCACGGCCAGGCUCAGAGAGAGGGGCCGGGACGGCUGCCUGGCAGGGAUCCAGGUCCAGCAGCUCUUCUGCUCCAACAACACUUCCAUCCCUGAGCACCAGCUGAAGGAGCUCAACAUGAGGAUCGACAGUGCUCUGCAGGCCUAUAAAGCAGCGCUGGAGAGUAUGGGCCACGGUGAGUACGCACUAAAGGCUGGCUUUCAUCUGAACCCAAAGGCUGUGGAGGAGGCCUUACAGGGCUGCUGCAGUGAGGCCGAGGCCCAGCAGGCAGGAAGGAUGCAGACCACCUCCCAGCCCAUCCAGUGUGAGCUUCCCACCAUCCCUGUGCAGAUCGGCUCACAUUUCCUCAAAGGAGUUUCCUUCAACGAAUCAGCGGCUGACAACCUCAAACUGAAAACGCACACAAUGCUCCAGCUCAUUAAGGAGGCGUUGGGCCAGAAUGGAGUGACACCCAGAGACGCGUCUCCAGUGACGGAAGUCCUCAACCAUGUCUGUCCAUCCAGCUGGAGAGGAGCCUGUAAGACAGCUGUGCAGCUGCUGUUCGCUCAGGCUGGACUGGUGGUGGUUGAUACCGCUCAGAUAGAGAACAAAGAGGCCUACGCUCCACAGAUCACUCUGGAGGGCUCCAAGGUGGUGGUUCAAGUUCCUUCUACCUGGUGUCUUAAGGAGGACCCUGCCACCAUGUCCCUGCUCCAGAGGAGCUUGGAUCCAGAAAAGACCCUGGGUCUCGUGGACAUGCUCUACACCGCAGUGUUUGACAUCAACAGGUGGAAGGAGGGAAAAGAGCAGGCCUUACCCACUAUUCAGAUGCAGCUGCUGCGGGAGAUUCCCGACUACGGCGGACACGUAGACCUGCCUCUAGGCACCAGCACCAAGACCUCGAGUGGACUGCCAAAAACAAUAUCUAAGCUGACAUCCAAGUUUACCAAGAAAGUCUCCUCCAGCUCUAACAGCGGGGGCAGUUACUCCAUCCCUAACACCCCGUCUCGCAGCAUGUUGACAACCAGCAGCUCUGAAGAAAAGACCAAGAGCCUUGGCCACAACGACGCGAGGCUUCAGAGCAUCCUGCAGAUGGGCGGCUUGUCCUGCCCUCCUGACCCCGGUCAGCAAGGGCAGCUGGCCAAUGGUUCGGUGUCUGACGACCAGGGCAUGAACCUGCCCACAGACCAGGAGAUGCAGGAUGUUAUUGACUUUCUCUCAGGAUUCAACAUGGGUAAAUCUCAGCAGGCUUCGCCGCUGGUCAAGAGGAGAAAUUCCGUGGCGUCCGCAAACCCUGCCGAACUGAAACCUCCCUGUGGACCUCCGCCAACAUCCCAGUCCAUGUCUCACAGCGCCCUGCAGCCUCCAGCUCAGACCGUGCCCCCUCCUCAGCCCCAGGCUCAGCCUCCACCAGUGCAGAAACAGCAGCAGCAGCAGCCUCAACCACAACCACAGCCACCUCCUCCACAGCAGCAACCUCAACCUCAGCAGCAGCAGCAGCCCGCUCCUCCACCUCAGCAGCCUUCCCCGCAGAGCUUACAGUACUACCAGCACCUCCUGCAACCAAUCAGUCAGCAGCAGCCUCCUCCUCCUCCGCCCCCUCAGCUUCCUCCUCAGCAGACCCCCCCACAGGUCCUGCCGCAGCAGAGAGUGUCGAGCAAGUGGCUCGGCACAUCCGGGCAACAACAAGGCCCCCCGGGUGGGCUGUCCCCUCUGGGUCCCAUCGGUCAGUGGGGAUCCCCUGGUUUGCCCGACCUGAGCUCUGACCUGUACAGCCUGGGUCUGGUCAGCACAUACAUGGACAGCGUCAUGUCUGAGAUGUUGGGUCAGAAGCCUCAGGGGCCUCGCAACAACACCUGGCCCAACAGGGACCAGAGUGAGGGCGUGUUCAGCGUCCAAGGCGAUGCUCUGCCCUUUGACCCAGCAGUGGGCUCCGAUCCAGAGUUUGCACGAUAUGUGGCCGGCGUCAGUCAGGCCAUGCAGCAGAAACGGCAGGUGCAGCACAUCCGUCGCCCUAGCAACACACGCAGCAACUGGCCAAUGCCCGAUGAGCAGCACAGAACCUGGUCCCACCCCGAGUACUACAGCGAGGGUGAGACUAUAAACAGCAGCUGGUCGGCCAAUCAGGGGGACUCGGCCAGCUCCAGCGAUGAGACGUCUUCGGCCAACGGUGACAGUUUGUUCUCCAUGUUUUCCGGGCCAGACCUCGUAGCAGCCGUGAAGCAAAGAAGAAAACACAGCUGUGGUGAGCAGGAGGUGUGCACGCUGCCCUCUCCACCACUACACCACACUGCUGAUGACAGCCAGGACAGCAAAACUAAGACCUGGCCCCCCAAAGCUCCGUGGCAGCACUCCACCCACACUAACACCAUGCCCAAUCCUAGCUCUUCCUUGUACCAGAUGAACAUCCCUCCUUCAUCCCAGUGGAGCGACUCCAUGCAGAUGCUGCAGUCCCCAGUGUGGUCCACCGCCAGCGACUGCUCCCCCGCCACAGGCAUCUCCUCGGGGUUUCCCUUCAGCACCCAGCAGCAGCAGCAGCAGCAGCAGCAGCAGCAGAAACCAAUGACCAAGGGCUUUAAAUCCUUCCCCCUGAAACACGAGCACAGGCCCUCCUACCUUCACCAUUACUGAGCGGCGUGUCGGUGUGGAGCGAGUCCACAGUGAAGUGCCAUGGAGGACCUGGAGCUCCUGUUCAAUGAGCCACUGAGUGGACGGGGCCGCGGCCCUUACAGUCGAAAUUGAAGAGUUUUCAAAAGGCAGAUUUGAGUAAACACACUGGCUCCACAUUUUUCUAUAUCUAUUUUUCCAUGUCAAACACACACACACACACACACACCCAUUUGUUAACAAAGAAGAGGUAUUUUGAAGAUUUUUCAACUGCCAUGUUUUAAUAGGAGCCGUGCAUGUGUCGGGGCGGCAGCAGUUCGUCUGGUGGUGGAGUCUCUGUCUGUUGAGCCGAUGUGGGGGAUACAUGCCCGACCAUCAGCCACCUGCUUCUGCAGCCCAACGUGUGUUUGUUUGUUUGUUUGUUUGUUUGUUUGUUUGUUUGUUUGUUUGUGAGCGUGUGUUCGUGUGUCAGUCAUUGUGUGAGAAUGUGUUUUUGUCUGUGUGUGUGUAUAUGAUGGUGGUGUGUUUGAGGGGCAGGGGCUCGAAUCGCUCUCAUUUUUGCCCACGAAAAAAAAAAAAAAAUACUGUGUCUACAUAGCUGUAACUGCCAAAUCUGACGCAGGAUGACUCAGAGUACAGCUACCAUCUACUGUUUCAUAGCUUGUAAAAUAGGGAAGUAUAAAUAUUUAGUUCUUUUUAUUCAGAGGCUUUGAGCAGGCUCGGCAUAAAUAUAGUAAGUCACUUCAGAGGUGUCCUUUGAAAAAGAAAACACACUACUUUUUUCAACAGCAGUUUGGAGUUACAGCAGUCAUUUUGUGCCAUUUGGUAUUGAAAGCACUUGCAGGAUCUAGUUCCCAACCAAAGUGUUGUUGAGAAGGUGAACGGUGCUGAAGAGACGGAUGUGAGACGACGGCCAGGCGGCUGACAUCACCUGUUGAUUUCCCUUCUCCUCAGACCGUGGUCGUCUGAUCCACGUCCACAUGAAUUUCCUCCACUCUAACUCUCCUUCUGUUAAAUGACACAAUAUUUUUCUUGUACAACUAUAUCGACAGUAUUAAUCUUAUUUUUGUAUUUUCCUACAUGUUAUACCAUUUACUGUAUGUAAGUAGUACACUUGUAGCCAUUUUACAUGGAACCAUUAUUUUCCACCUCCCAAUAUGUGAAAAAAGCACAUUGUUUUUCCUACAGAGUUGAACUACUACACCUGCUCUGGGUGAGGUUACCAAAUAUGCCAUGAUAACACUAAACCAGUGUGUGAUGAGGGUCUUUUUCCAGCCCUUGUUUCUUCGGUUUAUAUGGCAGUGGGCUGCAUUUAAAGAGCCCAGAAUGUUAUCUUUUUGUGAUGUUUGCGGAUGCCAAUGUUGCCUGUAUUUAUGAAAUGACACCAUGUUUUCAGAAGACUAACAUACCUAACAUGUUUACAGAGAAUUGUUUGCUGUAUAUACAUAUAAAUAUAUAUCUUUUUAUAGUUAAUGUGCUUUGCACAAUCAAGAUAUAGGGUUUGUUGCUUUUUGUCUGUGUUUUCUCCCUUAACUGUUGAAGCCUUUUUUUUAAAAGACAUCCCUACAGACAUGGACUGUAACUGUUAGCUCUUCAGCUGUGUCAUAUGGUUUACUAGUGGCUUCUACAAAAGAUGUUUAAAAAAAAAAAAAAAAUUAACCUGUUGCCCUGUUUGAAGACAUGAAGGGGGGGGGGCUGCUUGGCUUAUGUUGCUUAUUGUUCUCUUGAGCUGGCAACUGAAACUUUCCAAGUGUACCAGCAUAGCAAAAAAUUAAUAAAAAUGACUAGCAAACAAAA